AUGUGCAACCAUAAUCUCAAGCUAUCAACCAAGGUUCCCAAUGCCUUGCUCCACAACCUCAACCAAAUGAACACGCCCGCCAACACAACCCCGAGCUCGCCAAAGAGGGCCCACUCUCCCAAAAGCCCUCCAUCUCCGCCGUCAAAUCUCCACCCCAAGGCCCACGACACCCACUUCCCGCUCAACUCGCCAAAGAAGCCCAGCCCGAAAAGAGCCCAUAAGAAGCCCACCGGCGGCCCAAGGCCCAUCUGCUCCACCUCCAAGCUUCGCAAAGAAGGUGGCGCCCAACGUGAAGAGGAGCCGGGGGUUCUGCAGGGCUUCGCAUUAAUGGCGAAGAGCUCGUCGGAGCCGCGGAAGGAGUUCAGGGAGUCCAUGAUGGAGAUGAUCAGGGAGAACGGCCUGAUGACGGUGAAGGACCUCGAAGAACUGCUUGAGUGCUACUUGUGUUUGAAUUCUAAGGAGUAUCAUAGAGUAAUUAUUGAGGUGUUCGAGGAGAUUUGGUUUGAUAUCGUUGAGUUGAAUGUGGAGUUUGGAGUUUAG